UAUUUCCUCCCCACACACACUAUUACGUGUGGACCACAAACUGGUGUUCAAAGAAAAGGCCACUGACUGACCAAGCCUGCAGCUCAAAGAGGUACCACAUGGACAAAAAGCAGCUUUCUCAAACUCCAGAGAGGGAGAAGUGGGACCAUAAAGUGGAAUAUGUGCUCGCUGUGGCGGGACACAUUGUCGGUCUGGGAAACGUCUGGAGGUUUCCAUACCUUUGUUACAAAAAUGGAGGAGGCGCCUUCUUCAUACCUUAUGUCAUAUUCAUGAUCACCUGUGGCAUCCCAGUCUUCUUCUUGGAGACAUCUUUGGGUCAGUACACCAGUCAAGCUGGAAUCACAUGUUGGAGUAGGAUCUGCCCUCUUUUCAAAGGUGUAGGCUUUGGCGGCCAGGUCGUGGUGCUGUACACCGGUGUGUAUUACAUCAUCAUUUUGGCGUGGUCGCUUCUCUACCUCAUCUUGUCCUUCAGCUCCAGGCUGCCAUGGGCCUCCUGUGACAACAGCUGGAACACAGAGAGAUGCUUCGAGUUCACCAAGAACCAAUCGAGCAUGCACAUGAACGGAAGCAUGACCUCCUCAGUUGUAGAGUUUUGGGAGCGGAGAAUUCUGCGACUGUCGAGUGGUGUUGAAGAUUUAGGCACCGUACGAUGGGAUUUGUGCCUGUGUCUUCUUCUUGUCUGGAUAGUGUGUUACUUCAGUAUCUGGAAAGGUGUGAAGUCCACAGGAAAGGUGGUUUACAUCACUGCCACAUUUCCUUACCUCAUGUUAAUCGUGCUCCUUGUUCGUGGACUGACUUUACCUGGAGCCACAGAGGGAAUAAUAUACUACCUGUAUCCAGACCCAUCCCGCCUCGCUGAUCCACAGGUGUGGAUGGAUGCUGGCAGUCAAAUCUUUUUCUCCUACGGCGUUUGCACUGGCGUUCUGACAUCUUUGGGCAGCUACAACAAGUACCAGAACAACUGCUACAGAGACUGCAUUUACCUGUGCCUGCUCAACAGCUUCACAAGCUUCCUGGCUGGAUUUGCCAUCUUCUCUGUUCUCGGCUUCAUGUCGAAGGAGCAGGGAGUGGACAUUUCGCUGGUGGCUGAAUCAGGGCCGGGCUUGGCAUUUAUCGCCUAUCCUCGCGCCGUGGCUCUCAUGCCCCUCCCACAGCUGUGGGCGGCAUUCUUCUUCAUCAUGAUCCUAUUGUUAGGACUGGACAGUGAGUUUGUCUAUCAGGAGGCCUUGGUCACCACCAUCUCAGACAUGUGCCCCACCUUUCAGAAGCCCUGCCAACGUAAACUUUUACUGUUGGCUGUUUGUGUUGGAAGCUUCCUCAUUGGCCUUUUUCUGAUCACAGAGGGAGGCUUGUACGUUUUCCAGCUGUUUGACUACUACGCCUGCAGUGGGAUGACCCUUCUGUUUUUUGCAAUAAUACAGUGUGUCGCCAUUGGCUGGAUCUACGGUGCCGAUCGGCAGUAUGACAACAUCCAGGACAUGAUCGGAUACAGGCCUUUGUCUUACAUGAAGUAUUGCUGGAAGUACAUCACACCAGCUAUUUGCACAUUCACCCUCCUCUUCUCCAUUGUGAAAUACACUCCGCUGAAGUUCAACAACACAUAUGAGUAUCCGUGGUGGGGUUACGCAAUUGGGGGAUUUUUAAGUCUCUCGUCUACUCUGCUGAUCCCGGCGUGGAUUCUCUACGCUCUAUACAUCACACCUGGCACGCUCACUCAGAGAUUGAAAAUCCUAUGCAAACCAAACGAAUCACGCGAGAGCCUCGCGAGCACAGCGUCCAGGGAGGCACAGAGCACAGAAGCGUUUAAGACCUUCAAGAGCUUGAAAACUCUCCGGGAGGAGCCUCAUGACGCGAGUGUGGCAAGGGAAUCAAGCGUCAUAUGAGUUAUUAAGCAGUGCUGUACUACUCAGGUCUCUGGACCGCGUUGUCAAGGUCAUGGUCCGAGGUGCUUGCAUUCUGGACAUUUGUCCAUACCAGCAGUGAAUUGCAACUACAACAUUCCUCUUGAGUUAAAGUGCAGUGAAGUGAGUGUUCAGCUUGCAAAUCCUGCCACUUAGGUGCCGGUUUAUACUGUAUACACACACUCCUUAUCACCUUAUUUUAAUCACAAAUUAGCUCAAUGUUUUAGCAUUUCAUCGCAUGAUGAUUGUUUUUUUUUUCGAUAUAGGAGUCGUGGUGCCUCAUUGCUCAUAUUUACUUCAGGGACAUGUAUUCAGCGUUAGGUUUGGUCCCACUCCUGGACUGGGUUUAAUUCCAAGUUACCUCGUCUCGAUAAGCUAAUAACAUGGUUCAUAUUGUAACGUUCUGGGUUUAUGUUUACGCUGUUCUUUUAAUGGUGACAAGUGAGUCGGGGUGGAAGGGAGUUUUUGUUAAGAGUUGUAUUGGAGAGCCAGGAGCUGCGGUUGUUUCUGUUUUCUAGGAGACCACUCCACAGAGUUUGAUGGAAAUAAAAGAAGAAAGUGAACUACGCAACGGCUGUUUUUCUGUGUGUCGACUACCACAGACGCUACAAUAUACUGUAGAAGCCUAUGAUAAUCACAAUGUGGAGAAGGUCAAUGGAAGGUUUUGCUCCAUAGCCUCCUAUAACUAGCGUCAUUUACACUUUUUCAAACUUCCAGCAGAUGGCACUAAAAGCACAGCGCCUGUUCUCAGACAGUCCGGCAGAGGUCGCUGUAAACUGUCCCUUUGACUUGCCGGGGGCUGCCGCUUCACUGUGCACAUUUUAUAUUUCACACUCAUGAUUUCCUGUCAUUUAAUGACAUUUUAUGGAC